UCCAGUGCCGGACGCGAUCCACUCGCUCUCUCCACCUGUAUUACCCAGCAACCUGGGCGCUUCGGGAUUCGCCUCGGUGACGGCGGAUCGCCGCGCAUGCGCCGACAGUGUCGCCGCGAAGAGGACGCUGCGCAUGCGCUCGCCAGACAAAAGACUCCAGAGGAUCGGCAGCAGGGCACAAAAGGUAAAGGAUUCAUACACGUGGAUCUCAAACACAACAACACCUCAGUUGCACCGUACGUUGUCAUCAAUAUUUGAAUGUGGAGGAGGAGAUACUUGAUAAGACAAUACACAGUUUGGAUUAAGGAGAACCUGAACACCUGCUCAGUGUAGGAGAGAGAUUUGGAUGAAGCAACCUGGAGAUAAACCUUGUAAAUUCUCUUCAAGUUAUUGAAGGAGUGAACAAGUAUUUCCACUGUAACACCAGUAUAUCAGUGGUUGAUCCUCGGAGAAGGCGUAUCUCAGCCCAGCUGGAAAAGUGCUUUGUGUGUGAAAUGAAGUUUUCUGUUGUAACUCUGUAAAAUCCACUGGAACUGGGGUACUGAGAACACACCAGCAUUGGUUCACCAGAAAUCAGGUCUCAAGCUGCAUUGCCCACAAGGGAGACACGACGACUUCUGAUAUCUGACUUGAUGAAUCGCCAGAGAAUUGAUAGCAGGGAGAUAUCAUUCACCUGCCCUCGGUGUGGGAAGGGAUUUGCUCACUCAGCUGACCUGCGGACACACCGGUGAAUUUGCACCGGGGAGAGCCCGUUCACCUGCUCCGUGUGAGGGAGGGGCUGUACUCAGGAAUCCAGCCUGAAGAUACAUCAGCAAGUUCACAGCAUAGUGAGAUUGUUCUGACGACGCAAACAAUUCAUUCUGUCAUCCAAGCUGAAGAUACAUCAGAAAAUUCACAACGGUGAGAGGCUGUUCACCUGCUCUGUGUGUGGGAAGACAGUCACUUGAUCAUUCAACUUACUGACACACCGGCGAGCUCACACGAGAGAGAGGGAGAGACUGUUCCCUGUGUGGGACGGGAUUCACUCGUUCAUCCCACGUGAUGAGUCACCCCCUAGUGCACUGCAAGGAGAGGCCGUUCAUCUGCUCGGACUGUGGAAAGGGAUUCAGUGACUUAUCCCAACUGCAGGCGCACCAGCGAGUUCACACGAGAGCGUUCAGCUGCCCCGUGUGCGGGAAGGGAUUCGCUCACUCAUCCCAUGUACUGAGGCACCAGCGAGUUCACUCCGGGGAGAAGCCAUUCACCUGCUCGGACUGCGGCAAGGCGUUCACCCAGUCGUCCCACCUGCAGGUACACAAGCGAGUCCACAGUGGGGAGAGGCCGUUUAUCUGCUCCGUCUGCGGGAAGGGGUACACUCAGUCCUCUGAUCUGAUGAUACACCAGCGUGUCCACACAGGAGAGAGGCCGUUCACCUGCUCUGUGUGUGGGAAGGGAUUCACUCACUCCUCCCACCUGAUCAGACACCUGCGCGUUCACUCUGGGGAGAAGCCGUUCACCUGCUCAGACUGUGGGAAGGCAUUUACCCAGUCGUCUCACCUGCAAGUCCACCGGCGUGUUCACAGUGGAGAGAGGCCGUUUAUCUGCUCUGUUUGUGGGAAGCGAUGUACUCAAUCAUCUGAUCUGAUGAGGCACCAGCGGGUUCACACGGGAGAGAGGCCGUUCACCUGCUCAGAAUGUGGGAAGGGAUUCACUCGGUCAUCUCACCUGCUAGCACACCAGGCGGUUCACACUGGGGAGAGGCCGUUCAUCUGCUCUGAAUGUGGGGUGGGAUUCACUCAUUCAUCCUAUCUGAUAAGUCACCAGCGGGUUCACACUGGGGAGAGGCCAUUCACCUGCUUAGAAUGUGGGAAGGGAUUCACUCGGUCAUCCCAUCUACUGGCCCACCAGAGAGUUCACACCGGGGAGAGGCCGUUCACCUGCUCAAUUUGUGGGAAGGGGUUUACUGAGUCGUCUCACCUGCACGCGCACCAGCGAGUUCACACUGGGGAGAGGCCGUUCACCUGCUCUGUGUGUGGGAAGGGAUUCACUCACUCAUCCCAGCUGAUAAGACACCAGAGAGUUCACUCCGGGGAGAAGCCGUUCACUUGCUCAGACUGUGGGAAGGCGUUUAAUCAGUCGUCUCACUUGCAGACCCACCAGCGAGUUCACAGUGGGGAGAGACCGUAUAUCUGCCCCAUCUGUGGGAAGGGAUUCAUCCAAUCAGCUGAACUGCUGAAACACCAGCGGGUUCACAGUGGGGAAGCCCGUUCACCUGUUGUGAAUGUGGGAAGGGAUUCACUCAGUUACACCACAUUGUGAAGUAUUCGGAGGGUUUACACUGAGAGGCUGCAUCCCUGGCCUGUGUGAGUAAAGAGAUUUACUCGAUCAUCCUACCUGCUGAUUGUGGGGAGGCAUGUACGACAUCUUCUCACCUGUAGACACCAUCAUGCUCACAGUGGCCAGGGACCACUCGUCUGCUCUGUGUGGCCGGGGUUCACUCGCUCAGCCCACAGGCAGAAACACCAGUGGGUUCACAGUGGGAAGAGGGCAUUCACCUGUUGUGUGUGUGGGAGGGAUAUACUCUGUCAUCCAGCCUGAAGAUACGUCUGCGAGUUCCCAUUGCAGAGUGACUGUACACCUGAUCGGACUCUGGGUAGCGAUCCCUUAAGAUCUCCAACCUCAGGACACAGAAGUGAGUUCACACUGGAGAGGGGUUAUCCGUCUGGUCUCCGUGUGGGAAAGAAUUCAUUCAGUUGUUUCAGCCUCUAAGCACCAGCGAGUUGGCACAAAGGAGUAGCUGUUCACCUGUUCUGAGUGUGGGAAGGGUUUAGUUGAGUUAACCCACCUUGUGAGGCUCUAUUAAGUUCACACUAAAGUGAGGCCACACUUCUGUCCUGAAUGAGCAAAGAGAUUUACUCAAUUGCCCCUACUGCUGAAACCCCAUCAACCUCGCAUCGAGGAGAACAUUCACAUAAGCUGUCUGUUGCAUUUUUAGGCAUCACGGUGGCUGGAUCUAGUUGCAAGUCCCCGAAGGAUUCGUCAUGUCAGAUUGUGUUGUUAUUGCAGCUGCUGAUCACACCCAGGCCUGAACCCUGGUCACUGAGCAUUGGAGGGGUUUCUUCUGCUAAUGCCAGCCUUAAAUGAGACUGGUAUUUAAUAUUGUAGA